CCUUCUCCAAUGGGUUUUGAGAAAGAGAUGAGGACGCCAGCUCUAUGCAAUUGAGCUCUUCCUCGUGAGAAACAUAAACUGUAUGCAACCUAUAGCAAUGUACUAGUUUCCAGUGUCAUCAAGUCAUCUUUAGACGGAGAAGCUCGUUAAAUUUUUUUACAAUACCAAUUUGAUCCACACGUGGAAACACGUUUCGGAAAUGAGCAAUUUUGCCCUACUGUUUUGUUUUGGUUUCUCAACUUUGUCCUCGUGCACAGCGCUGAAGAGGAACGACGAGCCUAUUAUCGGUGUUUUAGCGCAGGAGGUAUACUCGCCUCGACCGCAGAAUGCGUCUUAUAUAGCCGCAUCGUAUGUCAAGUUCCUGGAGUCUGCUGGAGCAAGAGUCGUCCCUGUGAUGAUAAAUAAGACACUGGAAGAGUACAAAACACUGUUCAACUCCAUUAAUGGAAUACUCUACCCUGGUGGUGGUGUUAGCAUCCUCACAUCUGGGUAUGCAAAGGCUGCUAGAAUCUUUUAUGAGCUUGCCAUAGAGGCCAACUCAAGGGGUGACUAUUUCCCUGUAUGGGGCACGUGUCUUGGAUUCGAGGAACUGACGUACCUGACCAGUGGAAAGAUGCUUCUGUCCCACACCAAUACCAGUGGUGUGGCAUUGCCACUGGUGUUUACUAACAGAUCAAGAGAGAGUAGGAUGUUCAAGGGCUUCCCAUCAGAGGUCCUGGAUGCCCUGGCCUCUGAGCCAAUCACUGAAAACUCCCAUAAAUGGAGUCUCACUUUGGCGAUUUAUAACAGCAAUGCAGACCUUAGGAAGUUCUACAAAGUCCUGACCACAAGCAGCGAUGGGAUAAACGAGUUUGUGUCAACUAUGGAAGCAUAUGGCUUCCCCAUCUAUGGAACCCAAUGGCACCCUGAAAAGAAUGCAUUUGAAUGGACAAAGACGUACAUUCCACACUCUCCAUUGGCUGUAAAGGUUACUUUCUUCAUGGCCGAUUUCUUUGUCAAUGAAGCUAGAAAAAACUUUCACAAAUUUGAGGAUGAGGAGGUGGAGAAGAGGGCACUGAUAUAUAACUACAAUCCUGUGUACAUUGGAAUCAAGUCUGCCUUUGAACAAAUAUAUUACUUUUGAAAUGAGUGUCUUUUUGAUAUUUUAAGUAGAAAUUGUGGACAAAUAUUGAAUUUUAAAAGCCUGUUAUUAAUAACUAUUGAUUUUUUUAUAUUAAUAAAGACUUGCUGAAUUGCCAAAGAUGCCCUCUGUGCAUCCUCUGUGACUUCUAGGAAGAUGUUAAUCCACUUAACCCCAACAUUUCUCCAAGUUCACCAUCAUUGUAAAGCCCUAGUUAUUUUGUUGCUUGAGUCAUUUCUGAAGAUUAUUUAUUUAAUGUUAUUAGUAAUUUAUUUUAAGGUGAAGAAAGGAAAAAAAAAACUCCCACAUUUUCAGGUCAACUCUGUUACUUGAACUGAACUCUUGAUUUCCCCCCCCCCCCGAGACAUUGCAUAUCUCAUUGUCAAGUCAGUGUAAAAGCAGGUGAGCUGGUUCUACUCUUUUAACCCAUGUUCUGGUGUUUGGUGGUGAAAAACUGAGCAGGUCGAGCACAACACUUCAAACCUGUUACCCAUAGAUGGUCAGGCUGGAAAGGUUAUAACAAUGUUUUUUUGUGAAGUUUGAAUUCAAUUGCCCCUCCCUGUUGUACACAACAAGCUUCCAUUCCCCCUGUCACAAAUAAAUGUAUGGCUGAUUUAAGAUAAGGUAGUCAACCCUGUUACUUUAUUUGGCACUAUAGUUUUUUAUUUAACCUCUUGAGAUGGGGAAAUAUGUUUCAUUAAGUUGAACAUGUGCUCUUUAUGAAAUAAGUUAAAUAAGUUAAUAAGUUAAAAUAAGUUAAAUAAAAUAAAUCAAACUACUCAAAACGAACCUAAUUGGUGGAACGACCCAAAUUAUUGUUCUUAAUGGUACUGAUAUAAACCUACAAUCCUGUUCACUGGAAUCAAGUCUGCCUUUGAACAAUAUUACUUUUUUGUGAGUAUGUAAUUUAACAUUUUUAUUUCAUUCAUUGUAAUGGUAUUUUGCAGCAACACUUCGAUGUACAUUUCUGUAAAUUAAAAGCUUAAUGUUUGAUUUGUAUAUUUUGGAUAAAGGUUUUACAAAGAAAGUAGGCUAACUGAGAACAAUAAAGUUGUUUGUAUGACUA